AUGAGUAAAGAAAAACUGAUGGCAGCGUGCGUAAAUAUCGUGGCUGUCAAUGGGCGCCCUAUUUCAUUAAUAGAAGAUAGUGGUUUUCAAAUGAUUAUUGACCCUAUAAUUAAAGCUCUUGAACCUAUUUCUGCGAUUAAUUGUCAAAACGUUCGCCAAGAAAUACUUAAAGUGGCAUCUGAUAGACGCGCCUCUAUUUCCAAAGAGGUAGCUGGGAAACUCUUAUGUGUGAAAUUUGACUGUUGCACACGUCUUGAUCGUUCUAUACUUGGAAUAAACAUCCAAUAUGCUGAAAAAGGUAAAAUAAUUCUAAAAACCCUUGGAAUGAUAGAAGUGUAUGGGAGACAUACAGGAGAAUAUAUAAAAGAAUUGAUGCUAGAAUGCAUCUUCAGUUACGGGAUUUCUGCCAAUCAGAUAUAUUCCCUUACAUCUGAUAACGGCAGCAACAUUAUUAAAUCUGUGCAACUUUUCUUGGAUGGAGACGAAGAAGAAGAAGACAUUGAUUUUGACGAACUGAACAUAAAUAAUGACGAAGAAGAAGAAGAACUUGUUAUUACCGAAUUCUCGGAAAGCAUUCGCGAUGUUGUGCGCGGAUUUCGGUGUGCAGCGCACACAUUACAACUCGCAGUGCUGGACGCGCUUAAAUUGAAAUCUGUUGACAGAUUAAUUGGAAAAGCCCGUGCGGCGAUGAAAGCUUUGAAAAAUCAGGUGUUUAUGGUUUCGAUUCGGCGUAGUAAAUUGAAAAAACCAAUACUUGAUGGGAAAACCAGGUGGAACUCGACACUUGCGAUGCUAGCUCGUCUUCUUGAGCUUCGGGACUUCAUUACUGAAAUAGAAAAUUCUCAUGCAGAUUUAAAGAUCAGUGAGAUUCAAUGGAUUGGCAUUCAGGAGAUAUGCUCCGUUCUCGAGCCGGCCCGAAAAGCAUCAGUCAGGUUGCAAAUGCAACAGCUGACCAUAGGAGAUUUUUACAAAUUGUGGACGUCGUGUAAAAUGGACGUAGAAGAAAUCGACACAGUAAUUCUGUCUACUGAUGAGAGGGUAAAAGCCAAAGCUUAUUUGGUCAAUCUGUGGCAAGCUGUCCAUCAAAUGAGGUUAGACAGAAACUCUAACAAUAACUCUUUCCCACACGGACACGCUGAGUCUUUCAUUGGGCCUCUUGAUAAGUUUGAAUCAGCCAUGCGGGAAGGUGAAAAUUUUAUGGUUUCUCCGGCAUUCACCAUUGAAAACAAACGAAUCGACCACCUUCUGGAAAACUUUGAGGGUCAUCCGCGAAUAAAUUCGACUGAAAAUUUACUGGAGUGGUGGUAUAAUGCACGAACUGACAUGCCAGAAUUAUUUAUUCUAGCCGAAAUUGUUCAUGGGGUACCUGUUACUCAAGUCAGUGUAGAAAGAUGUUUCUCUAGCCUCAAGUUUGUUCUUUCUGCUUAUCGGAAUAAUUUGACUCCUUCAAUAUUAGAGGACAUUCUUUUGAUUCGAUGCAAUGAGAAAUUUGAAAAAUAA